AUGGAGUAUGGUGAUUGGGACCAAUCUUAUAAUGAAGUUCCUAGAUGGUUACAAGCUGUCCAACAAACCAAUCCUAGGACAAUUUUUCAACUUUUCGGUCCUCUAGUUAAUGUUGAUGUUGAGGAUGGGACAUCAACAUACAUUAUGGAACGUUGUUUCUGGGCAUUUGGACCAUGCAUUGAAGGUUUUAAGUAUUGUAAACCUGUUGCUCAAGUGGAUGGAACCUUUUUAACAGACAGAUAUCAUGCCACCUUGCUAACUGCAAUUGCUCAAGAUGGAAAUAGAAACAUAUUUCCUUUGGCAUUUGCAAUAGUAGAAGCUUACGAAGUCAAACAACCUACCGUGCAAGCAAAACUUUCAGCUAUGAGGUCCCAAUUCCCACAAGCAGUAGCUUGGAUUGAUAAAAUCCCCUUACAUAAGUGGUCUCAGGCUUAUGAUAGGGGGCGCAGGUACACGCACAUGACAACAAACUUGGCGGAGUGCAUGAACUCUGUGCUUAAGGGGGCUCGGUCAUUACCUAUCUGUGCACUAAUUAAAAUUAUAUUUCAAAACAUAAAUGCUUGGUUUGUUGAACACGGCUUAAAGGCAGACUCUAUGUUAAGAGCUGGUCAUCAAUAUCCAGAAGAUGUCACUGCCUUGCUCCAACAAAAUCACCAGAAAUCUACAUAUUGUCAUGUUCAACGCUACGAUCGAGAUAAUUCAGAAUUCGAGGUGCAAGAGAUAUUGAGCCCCCAUCAAUAUCGGCCAAAACCAAUCUCAUUCACUAUCAGAUUAAAUGAUUGGUGGUGUGAUUGUGGUCACUUCCAAGCUAGUCGGUUACCCUGUCAUCACGUCAUAGCUGUUUGUUCUUUUGGUCAUAUGCCACUUUCAAAUUUUAUCGAUCCAGUUUACAGCCUUGAUUACAUAAAUAAGGCUUAUCAAGUCCAAUUCCACCCCCUGCAAAAUGAGGACUAUUGA